AUGACGUUCCUUGUAGAACUUGAACUCGAAACGACGCCAACAGACGGCAUAGCGUGCUUAGCAUGGUCAACCGUGGAUCAAAAGAAUCUUCUUGUGGGCUCGUGGGACAGUAGUCUACGACUAUACGAUACAGAUGCGAACAAGCAGCUCGCCAAGUUUGACCAUAAGGCAGCCGUACUCGGUGCAUGUUUUUCUCCAGAUGGGAGAAGCGUAUUCAGUGGAGGACUGGAUACGUGGCUGAGGAUGUGGGAUCUGCAACAAGAAGAAUUCCGGGUGUUGAGCACUCAUUCUCGUCCGAUAUCGAGUCUGAUAUACUCACAAGUGACAAAUAACAUCAUCACUGGGUCGUGGGAUGCGACACUCGCCGUCCAUGACCCGCGAUCAGCGACGCCAAAGGUGGCUUCUUACGAUCUACCGGAACGUGUCUACCACAUGGACUCUGUAGGCAACACCCUUGUUGUCGCCAUGGGAGGUCGAAAGAUCAACAUUUACGACGUCCGCAAGAUGGAAAAGCCUACGCAAGAGCGAGAAAGUAGUUUGAGAUUCAUGACAAGGGCAUUGGCCUGCAUGCCCAGCGGUGAAGGGUUUGCCAUUGCUUCCAUUGAAGGACGUGUUGCUGUCGAGUAUUUUGACAUGUCACCUGCAGUUCAGGCGAAGAAGUAUGCCUUCAAGUGCCAUCGUCAGACGAUUGAUGGGAACGAUCACGUCUGGCCGGUCAACUCGCUCGCAUUUCAUCCAAUCCAUCAUACGUUUGCGUCGGCCGGCUCAGAUGGUCUGGUGUCGAUAUGGGAUCAUACGGCAAAGAAGCGACUACGCCAGUAUCCACAGUAUCACAAUGCCGUCAAUGCAAUUUCUUUCAAUGCAGCAGGGAGCAAGCUGGCCAUUGGGGUGAGCUAUGGGUGGGAUAAGGGUCAGGAGGGUGCGCGAGCUCCAGAGAAUGGCCGAGUCAGCAUCUUUGUUCGACAGGUUACUGACAAGGAGGUGAUGCCAAAAUCCAAGGCGUAG